GGUCUAGGGCCCGAGCUUCAUCCAUGUGCGCAUCUGAGUUCGCGUAUACACGCUUUCUCUAUAAAAUCAGCCCACUUUCUUCCACUUCUCCAAGCUUUACUGUUUGAUUUCUCCUUCAGUGAGCAUAUACCUCUUACCUCGCAUUCCUUUGUCGAUAUCCUAUCAGACAAUACCAAUAUGGGCAAGACUGAUUUGCGGGUGCUUGGCCAGACACCUCUUAAUGCCGAACCACCAUGCCUCGUAGAGCUCACAAAGCACACUAUUACACCGCUGCACCUGGCAUAUGCACGUAACCAUUCUGCGAUAAAGGAUCUGGCAUCCGAAUUUGACAGUUAUACGGUCAAGGUAGACGGCGAAAUGGAGGGGAUGGAAGAAAAGGUAUUGAACGUCAAGGACAUGAUCGCUUCCUUUCCAAGAAAGGUGGUUGUAGCUGCUCUCGUCUGCGCUGGUAACCGUCGUGCCAAGAUGCAAGAAAACACCGGGAAAGAGGUCCGAGGUAUCAAGUGGUCCGAGGGUACCAUUGCGAAUGCGCGCUGGGGCGGUGUACUCCUGCGUGACAUAUUGAUCAGUGCAGGAAUCCCUGAGCAGGAAGACGCUCAAAAAGGUUUCCACGUCUGCUUCGCUUCGAAUGUUGCCCCGUGCGAGGAUGACAAGUGUUAUGGAGGGUCUAUUCCGCUUGAGGAGGUCAUGGCCGAGGACGGUGCCGCCAUGCUUGCCUACGAGAUGAAUGAUGCGCCCCUCACGCCUGAUCAUGGAUUCCCUUUGCGCGUCGUUGUGCCUGGGUACUUUGGCAUGCGAUGGGUUAAAUGGGUAGACCGGAUCACUAUUUCAAGGAAUGAAUCGCCCAACUUCUAUCAGCAGCGUGAUUACAAGAUACUGCCUGAAUGUGUUUCCUCUGCAGAGAAGGCCGUUAAGGAGGAUUGGUGGAGCCGUAUACCUGCAAUGCAACGGCUUAACUGCAACUCGGUCGUCGCCCGCGUCCAGUGUCUGACAUUUGCCUGUCCUGACCAGAAGACUCUUAAAGUCACAGGUUACGCCUACUCCAACUCCCCUAUCUCGCGUGUGGAAAUCAGUGCGGAUGGCGGUGAGACAUGGCACGAAGUACAAAUCACAUACCAAGAGGGUAACUGGAGUUGGUCACUGUGGGAAGGCGAACUCGUAGUAGACAUCGAUGUUGAUGCUCUUGAGCUGGCUAACCAAGGACAAAGGAACGGACGCUCGAAGACCAAGGUCACGGUGAUAAGCCGAGCAUUCGAUCAGUCUGGAGGCGCACAGGACACCGGAUGCCGCUGGAACUUGAGGGGAGUGGGCUUUUGCGGCGUUGGCAUUGGUUCGGUUGAAGUAUGAUCAAUUUCCUAGGAUUCUUAUGUACAUCCUAAGAUAUUCAUGGCUAAAGUAAUGUACCUUGGCGCCUUUAUAUCGACAGACCCUUAUUUUUGCAACACAAGUCGUGCGAAC